GAGGAGGCGACGUAUUAAUCUUCAACAGCUCCCCCUUAAUCCAUUUUUAAAACGACAUUGUCGAUCAUCGUAUCGUCUGCGGCGGCGCUGUUCCUCGAUUCAACCAUCUCCGAAUUCAGGAUGUCACAAACUGAGGAGGUACCCUUUAGACCAAGAGAAAAGCUUGUCGAGAAGCAGAAGUAUUUCCAAAGCAUCCACAAACACACAUACCUGAAAGGACCAAUGGAUAAGAUCACCUCCGUUGCUAUUCCACUCGCUUUGGCUGGCACUUGCUUGUUUCUCAUUGGGCGAGGUAUCUAUAACAUGUCACAUGGGAUUGGAAAGAAAGAAUGAGGUAGCAGUCUUUUCUGUUGCCGGGCUAUAUGAUUGUAUAGCCAAAUUUCAAAAUUGUGUUUUGUACUUCGACAAUUAAUUGUCUUCGAAGU